GUAACGCUGGAAGAGAGCGGGAGGCAGGGGUGGUAUGGACAAUCGACACGCUUCUACCAAAAUAUUCUGUGAUUUACUAACAACAUUUGCGUAAUCACGUUUCAAAGACUAUCUUAGAGGGUACGAUAGUAUGACAACUGUUGGUUACUUCGACGCCAUCUAGCAGAAUAACAAAGGAGGAGAAGCCGAGCGUGCGUAACAGCAACAUCCGCACCACCACAACACCACCAGCAUCUUCGAUCAGACUGACUUUAGUGCACUGUGCAGUGUACGUGACAGAAUCUUCUUCACCGUCUACUAGGAUGAGUGGGGAGGAGCAAAACCCUGCUGCUGUGCCUGUCCCUGUACAGGAUGUGCAAGGAGACGGACGGUGGAUGUCCCAGCACAAUCGCUUUGUGAUGGAAUGUAAGGAUGCUGAACCAGACGUGCUGUUCAUCGGAGACUCUAUGGUUCAACUCAUGCAGCAGUAUGAGGUGUGGCGGGAGCUUUUCUCUCCUCUUCAUGCUCUUAAUUUUGGCAUUGGAGGGGACACCACCGGCAACGUCCUGUGGAGACUUCAGAACGGGGAACUGGACAACAUCAGACCUCGGGUGUCAGUUGUGUGGGUAGGAACCAAUAACCACGAGCACGAUGCUGAACAGGUUGCCGGGGGGAUUCUAACCAUCACACAGUACCUGCGCUCAUGCCUUCCGAGGUCUAAAGUCGUUGUCCUGGGUCUGCUGCCGCGGGGAGAGCUGCCCAACCCGCUGCGGGAGAAGAACGCCAUGGUGAACAGCCUGCUGCGCUCGACGCUCGACCGCGUGGGGCCCGUCCAGUUCCUGGACAUGAGCGCCGCCUUCGUCCACUCCGACGGCGCCAUCGCCGCCAGGGACAUGUUCGACUACCUGCACCUGACCGCCAGCGGCUACGGCACCAUCGCCACGCCCCUACACGAGCUGCUGCUGCAGAUAUUGGAGGAGACGCCCCAGGAGAGGCGGGCCUCCCUGGUCUGAAGGGCAGGAGGGA